GACUUCGGUCCUCUGUUACCCACGUCCAUUCUGUUUCUGUAAACUGCCUAUAGGCUGUCUGCUAUAGUACAACAUGUUCCAGCUCCCCACCGGAUCUUGCGAAGAGCAUAGACAGGAAACCCCAUAGAAUCCACGUAGCCAAAGAUUAUCCACUCAAUCUCCCUGUUCAAGCCCGACGCGUGUUGCUGGGAGGACGGGCACUUUAUAAAACACCACCCGCCGAAUUGGAAACAUGCCCCUGCGUCUGGACAUCAAGCGGAAGCUGACCGCUAGGUCAGACCGUGUGAAGAGCGUCGACCUGCACCCAACAGAACCAUGGAUGGUGGCCAGCCUCUACAAUGGCAGUGUGUGUGUGUGGAACCACGAGACCCAGACCCUGGUGAAGACGUUCGAGGUGUGUGACCUGCCCGUGAGAGUGGCCAAGUUUGUGGCUCGCAAACACUGGGUCAUUGCUGGAGCUGAUGACAUGCAGAUCAGAGUGUUCAACUACAACACGCUGGAGAGAAGCCACAUGUUCGAGGCCCACUCGGACUACAUCCGCUGUAUAGCAGUCCACCCUACACAGCCUUACAUCCUCACCAGCAGUGACGACAUGCUGAUCAAGCUGUGGGAUUGGGACAGGAAGUGGGUGUGUGGUCAGGUGUUCGAAGGCCACACCCACUACGUCAUGCAGAUCGUCAUCAACCCCAAAGACAACAACCAGUUUGCCAGCGCCUCUCUGGACAGGACCAUUAAGGUGUGGCAGCUGGGGUCCAACACCCCUAACUUCACCCUGGAGGGUCAUGAGAAGGGGGUGAACUGCAUCGACUACUACAGCGGAGGAGACAAGCCCUACCUGAUAUCUGGGGCAGAUGACCGCCUUGUUAAGAUCUGGGACUACCAGAACAAGACAUGUGUGCAGACUCUGGAAGGCCAUGCUCAGAAUGUGUCCUGUGUUAGUUUCCACCCUGAACUGCCAAUCAUCCUCACAGGCUCCGAGGACGGCACCGUGCGAGUCUGGCACUCCAGUACAUACCGCCUAGAGAACACGCUAAACUACGGCAUGGAGCGUGUGUGGUGUGUGUGUGGCCAGCGCGGCUCCAACAGCGUGGCUCUGGGCUACGACGAAGGAAGCAUCCUCAUCAAGUUGGGCCGUGAGGAGCCGGCUAUGUCCAUGGACGCCAGUGGAAAGAUCAUGUGGGCGCGCCACUCAGAGGUGCAGCAGGCCAACCUGAAGGCCAUGGGAGAUGCAGAGAUCCGGGACGGAGAGCGCCUCCCCCUGGCCGUCAAGGACAUGGGCAGCUGUGAGAUCUACCCCCAGACCAUCCAGCACAACCCCAACGGCAGGUUCGUGGUGGUGUGUGGAGACGGAGAGUACAUCAUCUACACCGCCAUGGCUCUCAGGAACAAGAGCUUCGGCUCAGCCCAGGAGUUUGUCUGGGCCCACGACUCUUCUGAGUAUGCCAUUAGAGAAAGCAACAGUAUGAUUAAAAUCUUCAAGAACUUUAAGGAGAAGAAAGCGUUUAAACCAGACUUUGGUGCUGAAGGUAUCCACGGGGGUUUCCUGCUGGGUGUGAAGUCUACCAGUGGUCUGGCGUUCUACGACUGGGAGAACGCAGAGCUGGUCCGGCGCAUUGAGAUCCAGCCCAAACAUAUCUUCUGGUCAGACUCGGGCGAGCUGGUGUGCAUCGCGACGGAGGAGUCCUUCUUCGUGCUGCGCUACCUGUCUGAGAAGGUGGCCGUCGCCCAGGAGACGAAGGAGGGGGUGACGGAGGACGGGAUCGAGGACGCCUUCGAGGUGCUUGGGGAGAUCCAGGAGGUGGUGAAGACGGGCAUCUGGGUGGGAGACUGCUUCAUCUACACCAGCUCCGUCAACAGACUCAACUACUACGUCGGGGGAGAGAUCGUCACCAUAGCCCACCUGGACAGAACCAUGUACCUGCUGGGCUACAUCCCCAAGGACGACCGUCUGUACCUGGGAGACAAGGAGCUCAACAUCGUCAGCUUCUCCCUGCUGGUGUCGGUGCUGGAGUACCAGACGGCGGUCAUGAGGAGAGACUUCAGCAUGGCCGACAGGGUGCUGCCCACCAUCCCCAAGGAGCAGAGGACCAGGGUCGCCCACUUCCUGGAGAAGCAGGGUUUCAGGCAGCAGGCCCUGGGCGUGUCCACAGACCCCGAGCACAGGUUCGAGCUGGCUCUGCAACUGGGGGAGCUGAAGGUAGCCUACCAGCUGGCCAUAGAGGCAGAGUCUGAGCAGAAGUGGAAGCAGUUAGCCGAGCUCGCCACCACCAAGUGCCAGUUUGGCUUGGCCCAGGAGUGCCUGCACCAUGCCCAGGACUACGGAGGUCUUCUCCUGCUGGCUACAGCCUCCGGGAACGCCAGCAUGGUGGGCAAACUGGCGGAGGGGGCGGAGCGCGAUGGCAAGACCAACGUGGCGUUCCUCACCUAUUUCCUGCAGGGGAAGUUGGAUAAAUGUCUGGACAUUCUCAUCAAAACCAACCGUCUGCCAGAGGCUGCGUUUCUGGCUAGGACCUACCUGCCCAGUCACGUGUCAAGAGUGGUGAAGCUGUGGAAGGACAGCCUGUCCAAGGUCAACCAGAAGGCAGCCGACGCGCUGGCAGACCCCACCGAGUACGGGAACCUGUUCCCUGGCCUCCAGCAGGCCCUGCUGGCCGAGACCUACCUGAGGGAGACCCACGUGUGCGUGCGGCCUGCCGCUGAGUACCCCCGGAUCACGCCCAGCGAGGAUCGGAGUGUCCUUGAGGAAUCUUCCGGCUACGUGCCAACAGGAGGGACGUCUGCAGAGACGGUGGCUGAGUUCAUGAAGGAACCCCCCGUAGUGGCAGAAGUGGUAGCCGCUGCAGCUCCAGAAGCCCCUGUUCUGGAAGAGGCCAUUACGAUGGAAGAGGAGGAACCUGUCUUGGCUGCAGUGGAUGAGCCCGUUGCCAUGGAGGAGGUGAAGUCCGUCACAGCAGCUGUGGAAGAGUCUAUUGCCGUGGCAGCAGAAGAAAGACCUGUCACAGAAGUGGAACAGCCCAUCAUGGCAGAAGAGGAGGCCCCCAUUUCUGUUGAAGUGGCCGAGCCAGAAGUGACAGCAGAGGUGGAAGAUACCAUUACAAAGCAAGAGGAGGUUCCAGUCACUGCAGAGGGAGACUUACUGGGUACAGACACCCCCCUAACUAUACCAGAUAUGGUACAAAGCCCAGAGCAGGACGUCAUGGUAACAGAGGAGGCUGCUGAGGAUGUAGCUUCAACAGCUGAAGUCAUAGCAACAGAUCCAGCACCUUUAGCUGAUGCUGUCUUGGCAACAGAGGAAGAUCACAAUAAAGAGACAGUAACUCAUGCUUACGAGGCAACAUUACAGGUCAUGGCAACAGAGGAAGCACCGGUGACAGAUUCAGUCAUACCAGAAGCCAUAGCAACCGAAAAAGCACCCGAGGCUGUUGCGAUAGAGACGGUGGUAGCAACAGAAGCCACAGUAACAGAUGCCAAUACGGUUUUUGAACUUCUAUCAGAGUCCAUAGCAACAGAAGAAGUAUCUGUAACAGAGGAGGUCAUAACAGAAGCCAUAGCUACAGAAGCCAUAGCAACAGAAGCAACACCUGUUACCGAGGUGGCACCAGAACCCCUAGCAAAUGAGCCAACACCUGAGACGGUUACCAUAGAUACAAUGGCAGUGUCCGAAACACUUGUUACACAGGUACUUCCAGAACCAAUUGUACCGGCUUAUCCAGUAGAGGACCUCAUUACAGUGGAAGAACCAAAGUCAGUCCCGGCACCACUUUUAGACCCUUUCCCAGCUAUGGCACCAGUACUGGAGCCCUUCUCGUCCCUAGCCCCGGCCCCAGACCCAGCUACAGCCCCAGCACUAGACUUCUUCUCAGACCUAGACCCGUUCUCAUGUAUAGCUCCAGUGGCAGCCCCAGCCUCACCAGCGCUCCCAGGGGAGACGGGGUCCAGCCUGGCCCCCAUCCAGCCCAUGCUUGCCCCCUCUCUGCUUGUCCCGCAGCCUGUGGUCCCAGUAGUGGCCCCCACAGAGGAGAAGCCGGCCCCGGGGGCAGCAGAGGACCUGGACAUGGACGACGAGGGUCUGGACGAUCUGGACCUGGACAACUUUGACCUGGAUGAUGACAUUGACACCUCAGACGUCAACCUGGAUGACGACUUCAUGGAUGACUGAUGACUUCCUACGGCAGAAAUUCCACUGAAUGUGACCAAAGAACACACAGCAUUUCUCUCACUCAAUGCAAGGGUGGUGUUUUCUAUACAAGGGUGACAUGGGGAGGGGGAAACUUGAAUUGUGUUUUUACAGUAUUUGAUUUAAUAGGUUUUGAUAAAAUCUCAUAUCUCUUUAUGGUGAAUCAGGUACUGUACACUUGCAAUAGACAGUAUGUGAACGCGUGGCCUUUUCAAGAUGGAAAAGCAAUAGUUUACCACAUCUAUACCUCCUUUAGAGCUAACUGUGGACUCUUUCAAAAUGGAGUCUAUUUAGAAUGCUGCAAAAGUCAGCGGAGCUGACGAUCGACACUACACUUUAAUGCAUGCGUUUCUUCCUAAAUAUACUGCCUCUUUAACUAUCCACAGGAAUGGGUCCAUCUGUCGUGUCCCAAGUCUAGUGUUGUCAUGGCAACAUUCAGUACCUUAUGUUUUAGUAUUGCAGACCUCUGUUAUCGUGCCUUUUUAAUCUAGACAGCUUUUUAUAGGGAAAUUGUUCUUUAUAGAUGUGCAUCCAAGUGCCUUAUACAUGUUUUUGUUAGAUUGCCUUAAUUUGGCAAGUGUGUCUGGAUUAGUAAAGGGAAUUAAAAGUUUCAUCUUCUCAUUGACGA